AUGCUUCGAGCUAUUGUGAUUUUCCUGUCCCUACCAGCGAUUGGAAAAACAGAAGAUUACUUCCCCUGUAACGCAUCGUCUCCGCACGGGAUAAAAUUUAGCGAAGGUAUAGCUGGUGACUGGAAGAGGGCAGUACCGCAAGCUUUUAGGAGCUUUAUCAAGAAAGUAAAGAGUAUGAAUUUGCCAGAAGGACUCGUUGAAAAAACAAAACUGAUAGAACCCAGAGUGGAAUAUAGCUGCUUGAUGGAGGAUGGUACGCAUUUUGGUAUAGGUUUUAUCUUCGAUAUCAGCGAGCUAGAGCUAUAUCAACAGAAUAUUGCAGAGGCCGUUGAAUCUGCACUGAAUACAGAGUGGAUAAAGAAUGAAGGAUUUGCGAAAAUAGCAUUGGACGAGUUUGUUCGUGUAAGGAUUAUAAGUCAGUAUCAACUAAACUUCGUCGUGAAGACUACCGACUUCACUAGAAAUUAUACAUCUUUAAAAAGUAUAGUGCAAAAGCCCAUAAAAUUGUAA